UGAGGAGUCUGGGGAGGGUGCAAAAGAUAAUAAUAAGACAGAUGCUAAGGAGUCUGAUGAUUCUGGGGAAGAAGAAGAUGUUGAGAAGUCUGGGGAGGGUGAAAAAGAUUAUAAUAAGCAAGAUGCUGUGGAGUCUGGAGAAGAAGAAGAUGAUGAGGAAUCUGGGGAGGGUGAAAAAAAUGAUGAUAAGCCAGAUGCUGAGGAGUCUGCGGAAGAAAAAGAUGCUGAGGAGUUUGGGGAGGGUGAAAAAAAUGAUAAUAAGUCAGAUGCUGAGGAGUCUGAUGAAUCUGGGGAGGAUAAAAUCUCUAAAAAAGAAGUUUCUGUAAAGGAAAUGGAAGAAAAAAAGGCUGAAGAAGUGUUUGAAAAAGAAAAUGUUAAACAAGUGCAGAAUCUUGGGGGUUUUGAUAUGCCAAGUUUUGAUUUGCACUUCACUCCAACACCUCCUGAAAAGACAAUGUCUAACAAUGAAAAAUCUCCAUUGUUGGGGGACACUCAAUUUUCAGCUGAAGAUCUACAGCAGGUCGAUAAUAUUGUGAAUGAUAUUAUAAAAAACAAGGUAAUGACAAUGAUAAUUGAAAACAUUUCUAUAUGUCUAUUUGUGACAUUCUGAUUUGUUACUGCAGGAUAAAGAUGGUCAGAGUUCUGGAGAAAAGGAAUUCAGAAGUAACAGUGAAAAAGCAAUAGCGGUUUAUGCAGAAAGAAUACCUAUUCAAGAGACAUUGGCAAAGUUUAAAAGGCCAAAAAGGACUGCCACUCAACCUGAAAAAUACACUCCUACAGAACUUGUGCAACAAAGAAAGAAAGCUAAGGUGGAAAGGCUAGAGAAGAAAAUGCUGAAACUAAGAAUGAAUGAAAGAAAGUCAUUGUACAGGCCAUUUGCACUUGACCCUUUUGAGAUGCCACCUGUUAAUGCAAUUGAGAAAACAAGGACUUAUUUGAAUAUUGGACUGCUGAAAAAGAGGAGGAAAUUUGAGGAUGCUAGGAAGUACAAAAAGAAUUUUGUGAGUCUGGACAAAAUGCCUUUUAUAGUUGAUGACUUUGAGAUAAGGUCAAAAACAUGGCUCUACG